ACUUCUUCCCCAAGACAGCUGCUACUUAGAUACAGAGAACAGAGAAAAUAAAAGAAAACAAAAGGAAAAACAUCAAAAAUCAAAGCAGAAGCAGAUCAAGAUAGGAAUGGAGUGCGUGUUCGGUCUAGUAGGCAACGGCUUCGCCAUAGUAGCGGCAGACACGUCGGCGGUUCACAGCAUCCUCGUUCACAAAUCCAACGAAGACAAGAUCAUGAUCCUCGAUUCUCACAAACUCAUCGCCGCUAGCGGUGAAUCCGGCGACAGAGUGCAAUUCACGGAGUAUAUACAGAAAAACGUGGCUUUGUACCAGUUUCGAAACGGUAUUCCCUUGACAACUGCGGCCGCCGCCAAUUUCACUCGCGGUGAGCUUGCCACUGCCUUAAGGAAGAAUCCAUACUUUGUGAACAUCCUUCUUGCUGGCUAUGACAAAGAGACAGGCCCAUCUUUGUACUAUAUCGACUACAUUGCUACACUUCACAAGGUUGAUAAGGGAGCAUUUGGUUAUGGAUCCUAUUUUUCUCUCGCUAUGAUGGACAGGCACUACCACAGUGGCAUGACAGUGGAAGAAGCCAUUGAUUUAGUUGAUAAAUGCAUAAUGGAGAUCAGAUCAAGACUGGUUGUGGCACCACCAAACUUUGUUAUCAAGAUUGUCGACAAAGAUGGAGCUAGGGAGUAUGCCUGGCGUGAAUCUGUCAAGGAUGCUGAAGUUGCUUCAGCCUGACUAUUUAUCCUGGAUUUUCUCUUCCAUUCUGGGUGUUCAAUUUGCAUGUACUGAUAGGAAACAAUACGUUUGAGCAGCGAAAACUUAGUAUCAAAAACUAGUUAUCCACCCUCUGUUGCUUGAAUCGAUGACGUUCUGAAGUGCAAAAGUUUGGAAAAUGUGAUGAUAUUUUAUUUUGAAGUGGAAACCAUUUAUGGGCAAAUCUUGUAUCGUGGGAGUUAUUUUACUGAAA